CGUUCCCUGGCUCACUACCGCCGCAAUGAUCGUCGCUCCUGUCGACACGCACCGCUCCUCAUAGGAGCGCGGUGCCCAGCAUGCAGGACACAAACGCCAGCGACCCUGUUCCCACCAUCCCAACCGACGGCUACUUGGGAGGCGACCUGCCCUCGACCCCAAGCCGAGGCGAUUCGCCCAAGUCCGCCUCGUGUCCUGAGUUUGCACAGGAUCCCGAGCUGUUGGCCAGCCCCCCCGAACCGUCAAAGGACCCGCUCGAGUUCAGAGCCCGAUUCCUUCAGGGCCACCGAGAUUCGGCAAGCGCCAGCAUCCCAGAGCCCCAUAGCUCCAUCUCUCUGCGCUCCAAAACCAAGGUUAUCUCGUAUAACGAGCAGUCGGAUCAGGAAGACUCAGAGGCCCACAGCGAGUUUGAAAACGCGGCCCGGGACGGCUUAUCCUCGCAGCCAGGUUCUCCGCUGGUACCGUCGCCCAACAGUACAGACCUGCUUACCCGCCCAGGCGACCUUCCCCUCGAUCCAUCGGCCUUUGUGCAUCUUCGGGCCUUCCUGGGCAAUCAGUUCGAAGAUGCCACCUCAUCUUGGCCCAUGAGUACACACUGCUACAACUUUGAAGAAUCGGAAAUGCUGCUGGAGCUGGUGUGCAACUCGGCGUCGCCUAUUGACUGGCACGCCAUGUCUGUGAUAUACAACGAGUGGUCAGCGCAGCACUCGUUCGCACCCCGGUCCAACAAGGCUCUGGCCGAACGAUUCCGCAAGCUCAUGUCGAUGAUCAACGUCAAAAACAUCUACGACGGACAUGCCUUUCUGCAGACCCAAGUCCAGGAGCUCCGGAAGGACGAAGCGCGCCAGCGGGUUCGCGCUUCUGGCUUGCAAGCCAGCAAGCCGACUUCCCCUGGGACAGUCGCUCCCGUCGGCCGCAACCACCACAGCCAAACUGAGGAUACCAGCGACAGUAGCCAUAUCCGACCAGCGAGCGACGCAAGCAUAAAGAGCCACAAAAGCGAUCUCGAGCCCCACACGGACGACGAAUGCGAGUCCGGAUUGCCAGUCGCCGAGCUGGACUUUGCCUCUGGCGACACGGGAUCCUUGGACGAGCAUCCGUCGGACGGAGCACAACGAAGAUCAUCGCGAGUUGGCCAGAAACGGGCCCCAAGGCCAGCAACGCCGGUCGAGAUGGUGAUUGCGCCAAAGAGUGUCUCUACCACCUUCAGCGAUGACGACAGCAAAGUCCUCCUUGAGUUGAUACCGCAGCACACACACCACGGCACCAUCUCGUGGUCGAGGAUAUGUCCAGAAUUCAACAAAGUGGCAUCAGUUCCGAGAACGCCAGAGAUGCUCAAGGGCCACUACAAUCGCAAACUCAAGGGCAAUGGCACCGAUGAACUCGUGUCGGCUGCAUUGUCAAGCCGAACAGGUCCCGAGAGUCGGCCGGCUGGCUGGAGCGAGGAGGACAGCCUGACGCUCGCAAGGCUGAUUCCUCAGUUCUCAAGCAAUGGCCUUGUGUUCUGGACAAAGCUCUGCAUCGAAUACAACAAGCUUGCGGUUGUUGAGAAAUCGGCAGAGCAGCUCAAGAGCCACUACCACCGCCGCCUCAAAGUCAACAUGCCGCAGCUGAUGGCACAUGUCGCACGGCGCGACGACGGUGGCGGCAAUAAGAGCGAACCCAAAAGUGAGAGCAGCAACGACAGCGACGAAGGGGACGUGAUGGACAUGUCCGAGGACAACGCCGUGCUGGAGAAUGGCAGCAGCCCUCAGGAAGAAUCCAAGCCCGGCAAACGACGCAUCGAAAGCAGCGAGCCCUUACAAUGCGUCAAGCGAUCCGCGUAUUGCCGGACGAGCGAUGUGGUCGCAGUGACCAUCAAUGGUUUCGGGGAUACCGUUUCUGGCCCAGGUGGCCAUCCACCACAUGGCUUCCCGAGUCAGCACCGCAUCGCGGCCGCGGCGGACGGGAAACAUAGCUGCCACAUGGAUCUGGACGAGUGCCGGACGAGCCCGAUGUUCUUUGGUCAGCCCGAUGCUAUCAGCCAUAUCAUCCGAGACCUCGAGCGCAAGGAAGCCGAGGCACACCACCAGGUUGCCAAGCGGCGGUCCACAAUCAACAAGGAGCGAGCGAUCCUGCAGAGCCAGGAAGCCAAGCAGCGACAGCUCGAGUACGACCUUGCUCUGCUGCGCGAGAGCAUGAGUGCCCAGCGAGCCGAGAUCGUCAAGCAGGAGAAGGCUGUAUACGAGCUGCAGAAACACCACGAGCUCCUGAGGCGCGAGAUUGGGCAGCUCAAGGCCGGGCGGGAGAUCAUCCAAAAGUACCACUGA